CGCAGGAGAUGGGUAGAGAAGUUUGCUCGCGGCGCGGUCCGGUGAACAUUACUGUAUUUCAUUUGGGGAACAGCAACAGCAAGAGGCUCUGGAAAAAUAAUACUAAUUAAAAAAAGACGAAAAGUAAGGCUUUCCAGGGAAUGCCGCGGAAUAUCCAACUCAACAGCAACAUCAGCCGCAGCGAAUUAUUGUAAUUAUAUAUAUAUGUAUAUAUAUAUCUAAAAAAUUAAUGAGGUUUAUCCGUCAUCAUUGAUGUGGCCAAAUUAGUGGGAAGCUCGGGUCAGUAGGGGGACAGCGGGCUCGCGCGCGGACUGUCGGAGGGGUGCUUUGAAUUUGUGGGUCCUGGAGAAGAAGCGCAGAGCGAAACAGAUUCAGAGAGAGAGAGCGAGAGAAGAGGAGGAGGGGGAAACAAGGAAAGAAAAGAAGAGCCGUCCGACUGAAAGUGAGAAAGAGUCCCGCUCAGAAUGAAUAACAACAAACCCGAGAAAGAAAACGAGCCGAGUGAAUUCACCAACCACGAGGAGGAGGUCCGAACACUAUUUGUCAGUGGGCUACCACUGGAUAUUAAACCGCGGGAGCUCUACCUCCUCUUCAGACCAUUUAAGGGCUAUGAAGGCUCCUUGAUAAAGCUCACUUCUAAACAGCCAGUGGGGUUUGUCAGUUUUGACAGUCGAUCAGAGGCGGAGGCUGCUAAGAAUGCCUUGAACGGGGUACGAUUUGACCCAGAGAUUCCCCAGACUCUGCGGCUGGAGUUCGCCAAGGCCAACACCAAGAUGGCCAAAAACAAGCUGGUUGGCACUCCCAACCCCCCACCUUCUCAGCAGAGCCCCGGGCCACAGUUCAUAAGCAGAGACCCAUAUGAGCUCACAGUGCCUGCUCUCUAUCCCAGCAGCCCAGACGUGUGGGCCUCAUACCCGCUGUACCCGGCGGAGCUGUCGCCGGCCCUUCCACCCGCUUUCACCUACCCCUCCUCGCUCCACGCUCAGAUUCGUUGGCUCCCGCCUGCAGAUGGAACUCCUCAGGGAUGGAAGUCCAGGCAGUUCUGCUGAAGUAUGUGUUCCUGAUGUGUGAUGGUGGCCGUGGCCGGCUGUGACGGGCGUUGCCGAUUGCCUCUCGUGUCCUAUUAGAAACCAGGAGGACCGACCUAACUCCAGCUGCUGGAGCAGCGCACCGUCGGCAGCAGCAGCCUCAUGGGCCUCAGGACAUACUAGACCCCAGCCUCCAUCACACAUCGAGUCCCCCCCCCUCCCCAAAAGUCCCUCCAAAUCUUUUUUAUACUGUUACGUAAAUUUACAGGCAGUGCUUGGCUACACCUCCUCUGACACCUCCGUGAAAGGUACCAGGCAUGCACGACAAAGGCGUCCGCGCUCUUUGUUUACCGACUGACUGCAUCGCCCGCCUAGCUGGUCUCUCGCUCUGCAUCCUCUACAUGCGGGUGUAAAGCCGACCACCUAAAAGGAGUGCAAACGUUGUUUUAUGCAACCACUUUGCAGACGCCCGGAAGUGUGGCUAAAGUGCUACUGAGUAAUGUUAUUAUAUGACUAUAAUUAUUACUAUUCUGUAUAUCAUUCAUAUUAAUGUUAUUAUGAUUAUGAAAUUACAUGUUGAAGCAUGACUUUGCAAAAAAAAAAAAAAAAAAAAGAGCGUGAGAGAGAAAACAACGAAAAAACAAUGCUGUACAUUUUUAGAUAUUUUAAAGAAAUACAAAAAGGUAUUUUUGUAAUCAAGACGAUGUUUGAAACGGUUUUGUUUGGGUUGAUUUAUGUUGUGCUAAAUCGUGUGAGGACGUUUUAUACCUUUUCUUUUUUUGUUCCCUUUCUGUUCGGUGCCAUUUUAAAACAACAAGUCGCCCUGCUAUACCAAAGCAGUCCUGCCAGUUUGCUAUUGUCUCUGCUCCAAAAGGAAUUUUGAUUCGCUCAUGUGUCCUUUUUUUUUGUCCGUCUGUGGCGUCUUUACCCGAAACACAGAAGUCUUUUGUCUGAAGCGAUUUAACGUUGAGUGACAAAACGCACCUGAUCCGGCUCGUAGUUUGGCUGUUUGAGGUAAUCAGAUGUGUGAAAAGAGGCACUGACAGGAAAAAGCCAUCGCCGGUGGAAGGUAGCGUGACCCCAAUGUCACGUAUAGCGUGAUGGCAAUACUUGGCAAACUGAGCCCUGCUAUAAUUAGGAAAUCGCUCCUUCGCUGUGUAGCAGGAGGACAGCAGCACAGUAUAGAGAAACAAGACCAAAGGCUUUUUUUUCCUCUUUUUUUUUUACACUGGAGAGCUAUCUAGGCUAGUGGUUUAUUCCAUUUUUGACUACUUUUGUAGUCAGUCUGAUUUCUUAUGAAGUAUGACAUUAUUUUUGCAGCAUGUCCCUUUUGGUGUCACUCCAAAGAGCCACUCUGCAUCUGAAAGGAUAUUCACUUUAAGCGAUUUGUGUCUUUUGUCUAUUUUUAGGGAGCCGGUGUGAUUCAACCUGCUUUUGUAAAGUUUGAAUUUACAUAAUAAUGAUUGGAGUGAGAUGUAUAAAAAAAGAAAAGAUAAAAAACAAAACAAUCUUUUGUAAUCUUGCAAUAACGUCUUUGCUGUAUGACAUAUCAUCGAGUGAUCAUAUUUCUGUGACAUCUUGACGCCAAAAUCUUCAUUCGUUAAUACGAAACCAGUCUCCGAAGGCCAAGUCGCAUUUCACGCCGAUGUGACAAUCAAACGGCGUGAGGAGACGAGCGUCCCCUGUGAUGUUUAGCCCCUUUGUGUACAAUUAUAUCGGACUGGUUGAAUCAUACAGUAGUCAAGUGUUUGUAAUUAAUGAUAAUAUGCAUCAUAUCUAUUAAAUCAGCUGAAGGUUUUGUUUUUUUUUGGUUUUUAUUUUUGCUUUUACAGACAUUUUUAAGCCAAGUGUGGCACUCAGAUUUAUUAGAACAAGUAUUUAUACAACGUGCGUGAAUGUUGUGUGUGUUUUUUAAUGGGUGUUGUCUUUUUAAGGUUCAUAGAAAAUGCCCAUCAUAUAAUUCAAUGUAAGUAUUAUUGUAAGUUUUAUUGUAUUUUCAUUUGGUAAAAAUUUCUAGAGCUUUUUUCUUCGUUUGUAUCGGUCUGAUUGGAGCAUACUGUAUGUAACAUGUGAAUACUGUUUUACCUGCAUAAUUCACUGUGAAAUCCAGAGAAGAAGAUAUACUCCUCGAACGAAUGGGCCUUUUGUGUUUCGCCAGCGGUACGGUACAGAAGUUCCUGAAAAAACGAAUAAGACGACCCCCCCCCCCUCCUUUUGUCAGUGACAAAUCAUUUCUUUACUUGUUUCAGUAUACCGCGUGUGUAGCUGUGUGUUCAGUGCAUGUUCACGGCAUGUGUGUGUGCGUGUUCUUCUUUUUCCUUUUUCCUAAUGCAUACAGUACUGUUGAUAUUUAUGUACUUUAGCCGCUGUAAGGAGAAACUGUAUUUCAGUGAAUUGCAGAGGUUUGUUUGUUUGAAACAAAAAAAAGGAGAUGAUCAAAAUGAGACGUUUUUAUGAAAAUGUUAAAUGAAGACAUUUCAGGCCAUCUGCCAUUAAAGAUUGACAUUAUC